GAGCGUCCCGGGUUGGGCAGGGAAGUGGCAGCAUCGCUCCUAGGAUGCGAGGGCCAUUUGUCUCCGGCCGGGGGUCAGAUCCUCGGGAAGCCGAGCCAUCCCAUCCAGCCGCUUGCCCCAAACCGGGCGCAGGCCGUGGUCACUUCUCUAGGAAGCUCCGAAGAUCCCGCCACUCCGUCCCUCAAAGGUGCGGAAAGCCGGCUUCCCCCAGCCCUCGGAGAAGAUUCCUUACUCUCCGCUCGGUCGGGGCAUCUGAGGGCAGGAGCUGCGCCAGGCGUACCGGAUAGACCAGUGGACAACACCCACGCCGGACCGCCUGUCCCCUACCCGGACCCAGACUCGGCGCCGCACAUUGCCCCGGGGGGGCCCGGCGCAGUCACGCGCGCGCAGAGCUCACGCUCUCCGCCCCGCACACCUGCGCUCCGCCCCCUGGUCCUGGGCCCGCGACGGGUGAAGGCAUUUGGGAAGCCAGGGCGGCUGCGGAGGCGAUCUCCCUGACCCAGGGCCGGAGUUGCCCGGAGCCUGCCGCCGCUCUCAGCCAGCCCGCAUCCUUCUCUGUCCUUCCCUCCCCCCGCCUGCCACGGCGCGGGUAUCCGCAGCCACAGCCCGGGGCCGGUGAGGCGGCGAAGGGGGAGGGGAGGAAUCAAGGGAUGAGCGCCGGAAGGGCGUCGGGGGCCCUGAGCCGCACUAGGACGCCCCUGGAGCCGGAACCCCAGCAGAAGCCGGAACCAGAACCAAAUCACCGGUACCGGGUGGGCCAGGUGGUCAGGGUGGGAGAAACCAAAAAGGGAGAGGGGUGCGGGAGUACUGAGAGGAAGGGGCUGCAGAGGCCUGGCUCAGGCCGGCGUGGAGGAGGUGCGGGCGCUGACUCAGGCAGGAUUUCUGCUCCCGCCGCCUAAGAAUGCCGUCCCAUCUCGUGCUGCAGUGUCCUUGGGAGGGACAGAAGCGCGAACAAGCUGGAAAGGGGAACGCUCGGGGCGUCGGGGAAGCGGGACCAGGGUCGUGGUAGAGAGCUUGCGUUGCCGCUGACCUCUUGCCGAAAGGCGAAACAGCACUCCUGGCCCGGACAGCUCCCUGGUUGGGUAGGGGGUGGGGCCGGACCUCAGCCGGACGUCUUAGACGUGCUUGUUUCAGAUCCUGAGGACGGCAUUCCUACCCCUCCCCCAUUCCCAGCUGCAGCCCCCUAAACCCAGGAGGCGCCCUGGCCCGCGCUCGCCCCCCAGGGCCUCAUGUCGGAACCACAGCCUGACCUGGAACCGCCCCAACAUGGGCUAUAUAUGCUCUUCCUGCUUGUGCUGGUCUUCUUCCUCAUGGGCCUGGUAGGCUUCAUGAUCUGCCACGUGCUCAAGAAGAAGGGCUACCGCUGCCGCACGUCGAGGGGCUCUGAGCCUGACGAUGCCCAGCUUCAGCCCCCUGAGGACGAUGACAUGAAUGAGGACACAGUAGAGAGGAUUGUUCGCUGCAUCAUCCAGAAUGAAGCCAAUGCUGAGGCCUUGAAGGAGAUGCUGGGGGACAGUGAAGGAGAAGGGACAGUGCAGCUGUCCAGUGUGGAUGCCACCUCCAGCCUGCAGGACGGAGCCCCCUCCCAUCAUCACACAGUGCACCUGGGCUCUGCAGCCCCUUGCAUCCAUUGCAGCCGCAGCAAGAGGCCUCCACUUGUCCGUCAGGGACGCUCCAAGGAAGGAAAAAGCCGCCCCCGGACAGGGGAGACCACUGUGUUCUCUGUGGGCAGGUUCCGGGUGACACACAUUGAGAAGCGCUAUGGACUGCACGAACACCGUGAUGGCUCCCCCAUGGACAGGAGCUGGGGCUCUGGUGGGGGACAGGACCCAGGGGGUGGUCAGGGGUCUGGGGGAGGGCAGCCCAAGGCAGGGAUGCCUGCCAUGGAGAGGCUGCCCCCUGAGAGGCCACAGCCCCAGGUCCUAGCCAGCCCCCCAGUACAGAAUGGAGGACUCAGGGACAGCAGCCUAGCCCCUCGUGCACUUGAAGGGAACCCCAGAGCUUCUGCAGAGCCAACACUGAGGGCCGGAGGGAGGGGCCCAAGCCCAGGGCUGCCCACUCAAGAGGCAAAUGGGCAGCCAAGCAAACCAGACACUUCUGAUCACCAGGUGUCUCUACCACAGGGAGCAGGUAGUAUGUGAGCCCUGCAGACAAAACAGGACUGGUUGGAAUAACCCCUCUACAUACAAUCUCCUCCAAGGCAAGGGUCCUUACCGGCCUGAGUCGAGGUGCCAUCAUGUCCAGGAACCCGGGGAAGUCCAGGGCUUUGUCUGGAAAUAAGAACCACAAGUCAGUCUUCAGACUUUGUUUUGUUCAAUGCUGUAUCUCCAGCACUUAGGACAGUGGCAUUCUAUAAAUAUUUGUUAAAUUAAUGGUCACCAUCCUAGACCAUAAAAUCCAUCACUCU